AUGACACGACCAUCCAUCGUCCGUGCCGAUACUAUCGACCUCCAAGAUCAUCACGCUCCGUCCGCUCAAGAUCACUCCAAAAGUCCACGUUUGGCCUCCGGUGCCAACUCUCUAGGCCCCCACCAAGCUGAGACUAUUCGCGAGAUCUCACACGACAUUGCAGACGAACAGCGCCGCUCUCCUCGGGUCUCUCUCGAUAACCGUAAUAGCCUCGACGAGAUUGACUCUUUCGCCGACGAGCUUGCCGCAGACUCCUCGGGCCCAAGGACUCGCGCUCAAGGCGCUACCAACAAUAACGAUAGCACAAUGAUCCAGGAAGAUGCAUUGGCAGUUGCGCAGAAUGGCGGCAUGUCGUCAUCGGACGAAGGCGAGCUUGACGGCGACGAUGACCUGGAUGACGACAUGAUGGACAAGAUCUCAAGUUCGCCUUCGAUUGAAGAUGGUGGGUGUAACCCCGUUGCCCCCGGGGCAUGGCCGCGCCGUGUCUCGUCCCUUCCCUCUUCCAUUAGGAGUAGUUCUCCAUUCACCACUGGUUUGAGCUGCGCUAGAGUUCGCUCGCCAUAUCCCAAACCUCUCGCAUAUAUUCACAACCCCGACGCAAUGGCACUGCUGUCACAAGCAUCGCCAGCGCCAUCAACACCAGUUCAGAACCAUCGUCUUCAGGGUGAGUAUGCCGAUUGCGACGAACACGAAAACGAAAACGACAACCGCCACGAUGCCGAAUCCCACGAAGAAGAUAGCUGUGAUACUUUUAACUCGACACUUGAGUUUCACGAUUACGAGGAGGAGACCAAGAUUCAGCAGCAGAAUGUCACAAAUCAAGAGGAUGUGCGGAUAAGAACCAGCGACGAUGGAGGCUAG